AUGACAGCCUCCGUGCUCCUCCACCCCCGCUGGAUCGAGCCCGUCAUGUUCCUCUACGACAACAGCCUGGAUGAGAUCAAUAAGAACAUGGACGGGUUUCACGCCGGCAGCAACUUCGCGGCGGCGGCCAACCCCUGCCGCAACCUGAUGGCUCAUCCCGCGCCCCUGGCCGCCCCCAGCGCCGCUGCCUACACCUCCAGCGAGGCCCCCGCCGCCGGCAUGGCUGAGCCCGCUGUCAAGCAGUGCAGCCCCUGCUCGGCCGCCGUGCAGAGCUCCUCCGGCGCUGCUCUACCCUAUGGCUACUUCGGCAGCGGCUACUACCCCUGCCGUAUGACCCACCACAACGCGAUCAAAUCCUGCGCCCAGCCCGCCUCCACCUUCGCCGACAAGUACAUGGACACUUCGGUCUCCGGCGAGGAGUUCACGUCGCGGGCCAAGGAGUUCGCCUUCUACCAGGGCUACGCCGCCGGGCCCUACCAGCCAGUGCCCGGCUAUUUGGAUAUGCCUGUGGUGCCCGCCAUCGGCGGCCCCGGCGAGCCGCGCCACGACCCCCUGCUCCCCAUGGACAGCUACCAGCCUUGGGCCAUCACCAAUGGGUGGAAUGGGCAAGUGUACUGCCCCAAGGAGCAGAGCCAGCCGCCUCACCUCUGGAAAUCCACCCUCCCGGACGUCGUUUCCCAUCCCUCGGACGCGAACUCGUACAGACGAGGGAGAAAGAAACGAGUGCCUUACACAAAGGUCCAGUUAAAAGAACUCGAAAGGGAAUAUGCUACAAAUAAAUUCAUAACCAAAGACAAACGGAGGAGGAUAUCGGCGACUACAAAUCUAUCAGAGAGACAGGUCACAAUCUGGUUCCAAAACAGAAGGGUCAAAGAGAAAAAAGUGAUCAACAAAUUGAAGACCACCAGUUAAUGGAUUAAAAAUGGAGAAGCAGCAACUCAUAAGUUUCAGAACAUUUUU